CAGUAAAGGGGCAAGUUGAUUACUAGGAUUUCUAGCAUUCAUGCUUUAAUUUAUACAAUACUAUCACUUAUCAAUUUCUGUCUCCAGGUGCAAUGGUUGGUGUGAAGGUUAUUGCUAAUGAUGCUGAAUUCCAGCCUGAGCUUAGCAGUGCUGGUUGUAGACUUACAGUCGUGAAGUUUACCAUGAAAGGGUGUGGACCCUGUAUACGAAUAUCUCCGGCUUUUACAUCUUUGAGUAACAAGUACCCUCAAGCUAUCUUCCUAGAGGUGGAUGUUCAUCAGUGCCAGGGAACAGCUGCCUCAAACAAUAUUUCAGCAACGCCAACAUUCCUCUUCUUUAGAAAUAAAGUACGGGUUGAUCAGUAUCAAGGAGCAGAUGUUGCAGGACUGGAAGAUAAAAUUAAACAACAUCUGGAAAAUGAUGCUGGAAGCACAGAGGAUGCAGAUAUCCCUAAAGGAUAUAUGGAUUUAAUGCCAUUUGUAAAUAAAGCUGGUUGUGAGUGCCUUAAUGAAAGUGAUGAUAAUGGACUAGAAAAUUGUUUCCGAAAAGACACUACCUACUUGGAAUCAGACUGUGAUGAGCAGCUUCUUAUAACAGUAUCUUUUAAUCAGCCAGUAAAGAUUUAUUCAAUGAAACUCCAUGGCCCAGAUAAUGGCCAAGGUCCAAAGUACAUAAAAAUUUUUACCAAUUUACCUCGAUCGUUUGACUUUGACGAAGCAGAAGCAAGUAAACCUACCCAAGAUUUUGACCUGACAUCAGAUGAUAUUAAAGAAGACAGUAUCAUUCAGCUUCGAUAUGUAAAAUUUCAGAAUGUUAAUAGUGUAACGAUGUUUGUUAAGUCUAACCAAGGAAACGAGGAAACCACAAGAAUCAGUUACUUUACUUUUAUUGGAACACCAGUUCAGGCAACAAACAUGAAUGACUUCAAAAGA